CCCCGGCCCUGGCCCCCGGACCAGCCCUUAUCUGAUCCCAGCUCCGGGUUUAAGAGUCCUGGCUCUGCCCGUCGCUCAGCUCGGUUCCUCACUCCUGCCCGCCCCGUCCGUCCGUCCGUCCGUCCCGCUGCCCAUCCGAGGGACCACUCCACCCCGGACCCAAGAUGACAUCAGUCGCCAAGGUGUAUUACAGUCAGACCACGCAGACGGAGAGCCGGCCCCUCGUGGGCCCGGCGGUCCGACGGCGCCGAGUCCUGACCAAGGACGGCCGCAGCAACGUGAGGAUGGAGCACAUCGCCGACAAGCGCUUCCUCUACCUCAAGGACCUGUGGACCACGUUCAUCGACAUGCAGUGGCGGUACAAGCUGCUGCUCUUCUCGGCGACCUUCGCGGGCACCUGGUUCCUCUUUGGCGUGGUGUGGUACCUGGUCGCGGUGGCCCACGGGGACCUGCUGGAGCUGGGCCCCCCCGCCAACCACACCCCCUGCGUGGUCCAGGUGCACACGCUCACCGGGGCCUUCCUCUUCUCCCUCGAAUCGCAGACCACCAUCGGCUAUGGCUUCCGCUACAUCAGCGAGGAGUGCCCGCUGGCCAUUGUGCUCCUGAUCGCGCAGCUGGUGCUCACCACCAUCCUGGAGAUCUUCAUCACGGGCACCUUCCUGGCCAAGAUCGCCCGGCCCAAGAAGCGGGCGGAGACCAUCCGGUUCAGCCAGCACGCCGUGGUCGCCGCGCACGACGGGAAGCCCUGCCUCAUGAUCCGCGUCGCCAACAUGCGCAAGAGCCUCCUCAUCGGCUGCCAGGUGACGGGCAAACUGCUGCAGACCCACCAGACCAAAGAGGGUGAGAACAUCCGGCUCAACCAGGUCAACGUGACCUUCCAGGUGGACACCGCCUCUGACAGCCCGUUCCUCAUUCUGCCGCUGACGUUCUACCACGUGGUGGAUGAGAGCAGUCCCCUGAAGGACCUGCCCCUUCGCAGCGGCGAGGGCGACUUCGAGCUGGUGCUGAUUCUCAGCGGGACGGUGGAGUCCACCAGCGCCACCUGCCAGGUGCGCACCUCCUACCUGCCGGAGGAGAUCCUCUGGGGCUACGAGUUCACACCCGCCAUCUCGCUGUCAGCCAGCGGCAAGUACAUAGCGGACUUCAGCCUCUUCGACCAAGUAGUGAAAGUGGCCCCUCCCAGUGGCCUCCGUGAUAGCACCACGCGCUACGGAGACCCAGAGAAGCUCAAGUUGGAGGAGUCGCUGCGGGAGCAAGCGGAGAAGGAAGGCAGCGCCCUUAGCGUGCGCAUCAGCAACGUCUGAUGGCGGCUUCCCACCUCCCCAUCCCUCUGGUCUCUCCGCUGUUGGCAUCCUGGGAGAGGGCUGCUACCCGAGCUCACCGGAGAGUCCCCGAAGCACCCAUCCUCCACUCCCUCUGCUUUAACCUGGUGGCCUGCGGCUAGGCGAGGCCAACUGGGGUCCGAGCUUUCCUUCCAUCGUCCCCUUCACCUCCCCCACUCCCGCCCGACGCACAACUCCCUGACGACAGGAUGGGGGAAGGAGAGGGAAGAUUAGGCUGAAGUGGCUUGAAUGCCUCAGCCAUGCUUGGAGACGCACAUUAGGAGGGCCGUUCCAGGUGGAUGGAUAGACUCCCCCCACCUCCCGCCGCCACCACCGUCCAGUUUGGUGGCUUGAGGCUGGAACCCCCACCCACCCCUAAUUUCCCACCCAGCUGGUUCCCUAAGGCAAGACUCUGAUAGUCCUUUCGGGGUCUGUGCCUUAGAAAGAUCGGAAUCUGGAAUUCAUUUAUCCUGGGUUCGCUACCAAGCCCUGUUGAGAGAAGUCAGGGUUUUUCAUAGGGGGUUUAUUUCUGCUGGUAAAUUUGGACGAUAAUCUAGAGCCCUGGUCACCAGGUUUCCUCUUUCCAUUCUCUCAAGUGGACCCUCUCUUCCAAUACCCAGUUCUUUCACAGCCGCCUCUGCUCCCAGAGAACUGAGGCUGACCCAGGAAACCUGAACCGGUCACACCACACCUGCACCCAUCCCGGAAUCUGAACUCUCGAUGUGGAGGGACUAAUGCAGAACUCUUGUCCAAGACCUUGACCCUACUCUGCACACAGCCCUGGAUUUGUUUCCCUGCGACCUGUGGAUGGGAUGAGCCAUGCCAGUAUGUUCCCAGGUCCCACAGAAAGGUCUGGAAAUGAUGUUCCAGAUACUUACAGGGCCCAGAUUCCCUAGGAAAGUGACAUCAACCCCACCAUGCAGGAGGAGUAAAUUCUCAGGUUUCCAGACUGCUGUAUGGAGCCCCUGGGAGUUAGGGCUUUAUUAGGGCUUGGAGCAGGGCAGAACUCUGUGGCCGGCAGACACCAUCCCCCCAUCACUCCUGCCUGUGGCCCUCUGACAAUGUCAGCUAGCUUAUUAGGCAACGCUGGGAGGGAAGGAGACCAUGCCUCCUGAUCAAAUAACCAGGGUCUCCCUUAGCCAUUCCCGAGACUUGGGCUAAAGUGGGCACCAGCCCCAUCUCCACUCUCCUCUGCCACAAAGCUACCUUCAGGGGAGUUAAAGGGACACUUUAGGAGACCAAGCUGUUCCUUGUUCCUGCUGGGGGCUGUGGGAGAGGCCAAGAAGGGAAAAGGGGCCCCAGAACUUUCUCUAAAUCCCCAAAAGUUUCUCCCCAAAUCCCAAGAGUGUCUCCUGGUCUCAUUUAGGUACAAGAAACUGUCCCCCCUUACCCCCAUGGGGGCCAGGCAUAGAGUCCCCUGAACGAGUCAAGUGGCAGCUUGCUCGGGAGGACCCGGGUCAGUUGUUACAAGCUACACGCUUCCCCAGAAUGUGCACGUGCGUCUGCGUGCAGAGCUUUACAGAGAAACCUCACGGUUCUGAGGCUGGACCCACGGUCACCACAGGAUCCGCGUAAGACCCUCUUACGUGCAUCUUUCCUCGAACUUGGCUAACCACGACUUGAAAACUGAAGACCCUGCAUUCUUCACGGACCGCAAACCCCACCAACAGUCCCUGGCUCUCAAGAAAACCAGAACCAGAAAAACUUGAAAAUCCGACACAGAAGAACAGAAGGCAAAGAGCCAGUUUCUAGGCUCUCAACUUUAUUCAACGUCAGACUUACCUUCUUCCCACGUGCAAAGGCCCAGAGUACUGGACUGUGGGUGUGUGUGCGCGCGCGCGCCUUCUCACCCAACAGCAAGCUAUCUUCCACUAGUCUCUUCUGCAUACAGCCGCGUCCCUCCUGAGGGACACCCUCUCUCCCUCGUCCCCUGCUGUCCGCUCUAGGUCCCAGACGCUGCUCAGAUUCUUGCGUAACAGAAUGAGGACAUCUUCUGACUUAACCUUUUUGCUUCUCCUCUGGGACCCCAGACUUUGCUCUAAGCUGCACUUUAAGUCACACUGUCCUUUUAACACAGCCUCGCUGACUCUCCCAUACGCCUUCCCAGAAAACUGCGCCCCCCCUACCCCCAACCAGGAGUUUACACUAUGGCCUCUUCCUCGGAGCUGAAACCCUUCUUCGGGCUAUGAGACAAGCUUGAGAAGCAGCCGGGUCUGGGGUCCCCUGGCCCCGCCAACCAUAGACUUCGAAUGGCAGGAGCCCUAAGCACCGAUGUUAGCGGGGAGAUGCCACGUGGGCAAAACCACCAAUGGGGGAGGGUACUCAGGGUGUGACGAUGACACAGGGCGCUGCUGAGGGACCCAGUGAAAUCGAUGAAACCAGUCUCCCUUGGACCAGCUGCCGAGACCUGGGUGGAGGCUCAGGAAGCAGGGCGUGGUGCGAAUGGAAGGCUGACCUAGGGAGAAAGAGACACAGAGAUAAUAUAUACGUGGAGAGAUGUAUGAUGUAUAUAGAUGUGUUUAGGACAAAUAUCCUGAAUGUACGGAAAGGAGACGUUAGCGUGGGGGUAGG